UCAGCAAGGAGUCUGCUUCUCUGCCUCUCCCUCUGCUCAUGCUCUUGCUUGCUUGCUUACUCUCUCUCAAAUAAAUAAAUAAAACCUUAAAAAAUAAAAAAAGAAACUACACAGCUUCCAGGACCCACCCCCAGGGCUUCAGCUGGGCCCACGAAUCUAUUUCUAGCAAGCGUUCUGAGCAAGAUGCUGAUGGAGGGGGUCCAUGGACCAUACUUGGGAGAGAUUUAAGGAGUUUUUGAUUCUCGAGGGGUUUGAGAGGCCUGGGCUGGCAGGUCCCGAGAACACAGAACAGCAGCAGGAAGAUCAGGACGCUGAGGCAGCUGUGUGUUCUCAGAAAAAUGACUUGCUUCCCUAAACCUUGGUUUCCUCCCGUGCAGUGGGGAUCUCAGUCCCUCUCCCAGGGCUGUCGUGGGCCUUAAGAGGUGCCUCUUAAGAGAUACUCUUCAGAUUAUCAGUGGGAAGAAUCAUGCGUUGGGCUCUUUCUGACCUGAAGGUGAUCACUUCACCUCCCCUCUGUCUGGAAGGCUCCAGUGGUGGGAAGGGGUUCAGACCACCAUGCCUGUAAAGCCAGCAGCUCUGCCACAGGACCUAGUCCCACCCUCUCCACCCAGACCCUGCUUCAUCACAAUACUGUUGGCUUCUUACCCAGGUUCAGAGGCCAGUGCCAUGCCCAGCCUGGGGCCAUGUGGUGAUCCUCAGAGGGACGGCCUCCUCAGCUCCCAGGCCCCAUCCAGGCUCAGGAUGAAUCCCGUCCCACCCCGAGGCAAUGGACCCCAGCCAGCCACGCCACCCAGGACUGUGUGGGACGUGAGGGAUGUCGCCCCAGGGGGGCCCGAAACCAGGCAGCCCAGAGCACGCUGGCCCAGGAGGCUAAAGACAGAUCCAUUGGGUUGGGAAGGGGCUGACUUGCCAGGUGACUAUCAGGACCUCUCUCCACACUGAGGCAGGACCCCCAGCUGGCACCUCCUUCCCUCUGGAACCUUCUGUCAGCUGUGGGUAAAUUCAGCAUUGAGCCCUGAUGGGAUUCCGGGCCACUUGCCCUUCCUUCUCUACCAUCUACUUCCUCUUCAUCAUCUUCGUGGUGUCCACCAUCUUCCACUGCCACCAGCGCCUGGCUCUGGUGCCCACCCCCUGGGCCUACUCAGGCCGCGUGGUCCUGCUCCCCAGAUACCUGCCCCGGGGGGGCGUGUUCACCAUCAACUCCAAGGGCCGCCUGGGGAACCAGAUGGGUGAGUACGCCACCCUUUACGCCCUGGCCAAGAUGAACGGGCGGCCGGCCUUCAUCCCGGCCGAGAUGCACAGCACGCUGGCCCCCAUCUUCAGAAUCACCCUCCCCGUCCUGCACGGCACCACGGCCAGCAGCAUCCCGUGGCAGAACUACCACCUGAACGACUGGAUGGAGGAGGAGUACCGCCACAUCCCGGGGGAGUACGUGCGCCUCACUGGCUACCCCUGCUCCUGGACCUUCUACCACCACCUCCGCGAUGAGAUCUUGCGGGAGUUCACCCUGCACGACCACGUGCGGGAGGAGGCUCAGAAGUUUCUGCGGGGCCUGCAGGUGAACGGAAGACAGCCGGGCACCUUCGUGGGGGUCCACGUGCGCCGGGGGGACUACGUGCAGGUCAUGCCAAACGUGUGGAAGGGCGUGCUGGCUGAUCGGGGCUACCUGCGCCAGGCCCUGGACUGGUUCCGGGCCCGCUACCAUGCUCCCCUCUUCGUGAUCACCAGUGACGACAUGUCCUGGUGUCGGCAGAACAUUAACGGCUCCCUCCGUGACGUGGUGUUCGCGGGCAAUGGCCUUCAGGGCUCCCCCACCAGGGACUUUGCGCUGCUCACGCAGUGUAACCACAGCAUCAUCACGGUGGGCACCUUCGGGAUCUGGGCAGCCUACCUCGCGGGUGGGGCCACUGUCUACCUGGCCAAUUUCACCCUGCCCGACUCCCCCCUCCAGUGGAUCUUUAAGCCGCAGGCAGCCUUCCUGCCCGAGUGGGUGGGCAUCGCUGCCGACCUUGGGCAGGCCAGAGAGAAUGGCCUCUAGCCCCUCGAGGUCACGCAUCUCUUCCUCCCCCUCCCCCGACAGGCGGUGCCCUGGCACCACCAGGCAUCUCCAAGCCACCAUGCUUUCCAGCUGAGGGACCUCAGACAAGUCACUUAAUCUCUCGGGGCCUUAGGUGCCACCUGCAGAGAAAGUAACACAGAGCUUACCUCAGCAGUCCUGCAGCAAGUUCAUUUAGUGUCCUCAGGAACACAUCAUGGCUCUGGGUUUGCUUGGCAGUUGGACCGUUGGUACUAAACAAACCAUGCAAGGGCACCCCUGCAGCAGAGGCCCUGGCAGCAAAUUUGCAGGCUCAUACCCAGCCUCUUCUAGCACACCCUGUCUCCUUCCCCAGUCGCUGCAAGCCAGCCUUGAGAAAGAACUAGAAGAUCUAAUCUCAUCUCUCCAUUUUAUGGGUGGAAAAGCCACGCUCAACCCACAGUGCACUUUCCCUGGUGAGGGCAGUGGCUCUGGCUGCUGCUCUGGCUCUGCAAGUGGUGCCUGAAACCACGAGGAAACUGCCCCCAGAAAACGAACCUGCCUGGGACCCCAGAAACUUCCUGCCUGCUGCAUGCUCCUUGGCCAUGACCAGGCAGGUGUAUGGCAUGCCCUGAACUUUCUGGUUGCCUUAAGAAACCUAAUUUUUGCCCUCUCCUUGUCUGCAGCUUCUGGAGUGGAAGUCCAGAUGUCUUGCCCUUGUCUCCUGAGAGGGUUUGGUGAAGCUGUGCCUGCCGUCAAGUACAAGGGAGCCGGGUGUCUUGGGCAGCAAAGAAUUCAGGCUUUAGUUUUCAUAAGGCCUUAGCAUGAAAGGGAGGGAACCCAGAGUUUGAGGGGAUGAAUCUCAGGGAAGUACUCUCAGUGGGGAGGUGAGGGCCCUGGACAUGGGUGUGGAUGGGGGGUGGGGGCCUCACAGUGCUGGCCGGAGUCCAGCAGGACUCCACACCACUUGGCCUGCAGCAGCAAAGCCGCCAAUGUUCUAGAAGCAGCGGGCAGACCUCAGGAGGCCCCAGACAGGAGCACAGCCAUGCCAGCCUCCACCUGCAGACAGACUUCCUCACUCUCGGCACUGCCUGUGCCCUGGGCACACUCUGAGAAACCCCCCGUGUGGAGAGAAGUUGGAUUAAGUGAUCACAAUACGGGUUUUCCUGUGUUCAGUGCAUUCAGCAGUAUGGAGAUACCGGAUCAUUUACCUGAGCAGGGUCUUUUCCCAAAUUGCCCCUUUUGGAGAGACUCCAGCCAGAAGGGUACAGGAAGCCGAGCCAGGACCUCUGGCCCUCUACCACCUGCCACAGUAUCAAAGUACAGAAGCAAAUGGCCCAGGGCGCGAUCCUGGAGACCCGGGAUCGAAUCCCACAUCGGACUCCCGGUGCAUGGAGCCUGCUUCUCCCUCUGCCUGUGUCUCUGCCUCUCUCUCUCUCUCUCUCUCUCUCUGU